CGUUGCGGGGUUAAAAAUGAUCACCAGUUACGUGUUUCUGUUGUGACAGUUCAUCUCCGUUACUAUAAACGACUAUCGAUUGCCCGAGGAGAUACUAAUUUAAUAUAUCGGAAUUACGUUGCGCCCUGAUCGUGGCAGUUUCUCGCAGUUCCGUCAUCGAUACCGAUCGCCAUCGUGCAGCAAAAAACUCUCCUACGAUGUGGAACUACGUGCUCUUCUCCACGCUGGUGUUAAUUGUCUCGUUACUCUAUCACUGUUGCUUCAACAGCCCGGUCAGCAUUAUCGAGCACCCUGACACGCAUUACGAUUAUAUAAUCGUUGGUGCUGGUACUGCUGGUUGUGUAGUGGCGUCACGACUUUCCGAGGCAUUAAACGUUACGGUGCUGUUGGUCGAAGCUGGAGGAUAUUUCGGAUGGGUCUCCAGUGUUCCAAUUCUGGCGCCCAUGAUGCAGGGAACUGAAGUCGAUUGGUCUUAUUCGACGGAGCCGCAAAUGUUCUCUUCGAGAGGUCUACUGAAUCAUAUACAAAAAGUGCCAAAGGGCAAAGGGUUGGGCGGAAGCGGGCAGAUGAACUACCUGGUUCAUUCCUUCGGAAGGUCGGAAGACUACAAAGCCUGGCCGAAGGGUUGGUCGCACGCCGAUUUACUUCCGUACUUUAAAAAGGUGUCCGAUAUUAUGAACGUAAUGUCCAGCCCGGAGAAAGAAUAUUUGGCGGAAGCUUUCCUCAUGGCGGAAGAAUCGCUCAAGUUGAAUAAUGUGACUCUACAAAGAGGCUUGUACACCACCAAAAGAGGAUCACGGUGGAGCACGUUCACCGCGCACUUGCAGAAUGCUUGGAACAGAAACAACUUGCAUAUUUUGAUGAACACGUUGGUCUCCAAGAUACUUUUCAAAGAGAACUCAAGCGUGGAGGGUAUUAAGGUGGUCUACAAAGAUGGAUCAAUAGGAAAAAUCUUCGCCAGAAAAGAGGUGAUCCUCUGCGCCGGAACUAUCAAUACUCCUCAAUUACUAUUACUCUCCGGCAUCGGACCGGCCGAAGAUCUUGACAAACUUCAGAUACCAGUGGUGAGGAACGUUUCAGAAGUGGGCAAGAAUCUGUUCGACCAUUUUAUGCUUCCGAUGUACGUUACACUCGAGGCAAAAGUGAGCAUAACUUUACUGAAGCUACAAACUCUUCCCGAAGUGCUCAAUUACUUCAUCUUUGGAAGAGGAUGGCUUGCGACUAACGGUAUAAUGGCGGCUGGUCGUGCGAAUAAUAGUGGUGUUAUGCUUUUUGGGUUGGCCACUGCUGAUGAGACGCUGCUGAAGUCCUUAGCUAAUUACAAAACUGAGCCUUACAGAGCAUUCUAUCCAACGUACAAUAACAUUACGCAGGAAGGUUGCUUGUUUCUGACGUAUUGUCUGCAACCAAAGAGCCGUGGUACCGUUUCAUUGAGAUCUACCAAGAUUCGUCAUCACCCGAAAAUCGAUCCUGCCUACCUUGAAAAUUACGACGACGUUCUAUGCACCCACCAAGCCUUGAACUUCGUGAUUCAGAUGAUCGGGACGAAACAAUUCCGUGAUUACGGCGCGAAAAUUCAUCAUCCCGAUUUAGCAGAAUGUCGACACUUGCCGCAAGACUAUCGAGAUAUAGAAUAUUCCGAGUGUGCGAUGAGAGUCGGUGGUCUAACCACUCACCAUCUGUGCGGCACCUGUAGAAUGGGCGCCGACGAUAAUUCGGUUGUCGACGAAAAUCUGCGAGUGAGAGGAAUUAAUGGACUUAGAAUAAUAGACGCCAGCGUGAUACCAUCUCCCAUUUCCGGAAAUCCAAACUCUGUCAUAAUCGCUAUGGCGGAACGAGCCAGUGAUUUGAUCAUUGGUCGCACAUCCGAGUAGACUAAUUAAUUAUGAUGUAACAGAGGACGAUAUUCAAAAAUUCAAGCAUUUAAAAAAUUAAACUAUUGUACAAGUUAAAUGCAUCCAUUGUUUAAUUUCGCAACUAUAACCUUCACUCAGCUAACUUGCAAAAUUGUUUAAAAAAUGAAACGACACACUUUUGUAUCUUUUAAAUACGAUACUAAUAAAAAU